UUAUUUGGGUUAAAAAGUAAAGCCAUGUCAUGUGAUGGAUGGGGUGGCGCUUGCUAACGACUGGAUCUGAUACCAACUCGCUUGGAGCUAUUAAUAUACAGCCGUUUAUAGAUAUCUUGCUGUUUUGAGCGUCCAGAACCAUGCGUCCACCAGGGACGCAUGGUUCCUGGUGAUUUCCCCUGAACCCUCGCCACAACUUUUACCUCACAGUUCGAAGGGUGUCGUUACUGUGUGUGUGUGUGUGUGUGUGUGUGUGUGUGUGUGUGUGUGUGUGUGUGUGUGUGUGUGUGUGUGUGUGUGUGUGUGUGUGUGUGUGUGUGUGUGUGUGUGUGUGUGUGUGUGUGUGUGUGUGUGUGUGUGUGUGUGUGUAUUUUGUAGGGACGAGAAAAAUGCUUAACUCACAUAAAUUUGCCUAUUCUUUAGCAGGAACUGUCAUGAGAACUUGAAGACUAGAUUAUCAGAACAUGAGGAAAAGAUACAUUUAUUGAUCACCAAAUUGUCAUUGUCUGAAUGUAAAUAGAAUCAUAAAAAUCCACCACAACAAUCAUUUCAAAAAAUAUGUCGCCGAUAUCUAGUAGGUAGCUAUCCGGCUGUACCGGUAUGUCAUCGGAAUGAGCUUCUGUUGAGUUAACUGGACGGAUCAGCUGCAGAACCGGCGCCUCGUCACAACAUCUAAAAAUACCCUGUCCCACACGGAGCCCGGAGAAAUGUGUGUAAACUAGAGACCCGACCAAAUAUAGACCACAGCCGCCACAUUUACCCCGACCCGGGACGUGGUGUGUGUGUGUGUGUGUGUGUGUGUGUGUGUGUGUGUGUGUGUGUGUGUGUGUGUGUGUGUGUGUGUGUGUGUGUGUGUGUGUGUGUGUGUGUGUGUGUGUGUGUGUGUGUGUGUGUGUGUGUGUGUGUGUGUGUGUGUGUGUGUGUGUGUGUGGGAAGCUCUUACGAUCAUCUGGUUUGUUAUUUGGAAAACAUUUUAUUUUUUUCUAGCCUAGGCCUACUUGUUUAUCUUCAUUGCGAAAAAGAAGAUUGUUUUCACUGUAGAUUCUGGAUUAUAUAAAACAGUUUCUAGGUACAUCAUGAGAAAAAUCAUUACUGAGACUUUUGUUAAUUUCUGUCUGAGCUGUGAUGCCCACCACAGCAGCGUCCUCAGUCCGUUUAUCAUGCGUUCAGUCAUAGGAGCAUUACCGUGUGUCGCCACUAAGUGGUGCUGUAGGCGAAGCAGGGCGGGGGUGGUGCUUGGUACGCAUACCGAUGGUCCGUAGCAGCCAAUCAUUGAAGAGCGAUGCUGCCCCUGCUGCAUUUUUGUAUUUCUAUCGAUGGAAGGGUUUUAAUGUGUCCCUCAAUACCUAAACCACACCAUGAAAGCUGAAGUAUUAUAGGUAUUAUAGAAGUAACCUCGGUCCAAAAUUAACCUUUACCCGCCAGUGGAAAGGUCCACCUGCCAAAGGGUCAAAUCUAUUCGCUAUGGCAGAGUUGAAUGUUGACCCCAAGCAGGCGAAGAGUUUUCGUAACCUGUGUACAGACAGAGGGGAGCACAGGGGCAUCAGUGACCACCCUACCCGCCCUACAACACAAAGCCAUAUGCAGUGUAAGCAUUUGGCUGAGCGCAGGCCCGUAGCCUGGCGCAGUGGAACCUGCUAGUGGAGCUACACAAUACUGUGAUCCCAGGCCCCGGCAGACCCCUCCACCCUCUCUCCCACUGUUUAUUCGGUGUUUCUCUCCAUCGCCCCGCGGCAGGCUGGCGGGAGCAUGGGCUCGGGGAGCGUGCUGAAGUUUGCGCUGUGCGAAGCGCUGCAGUUCGCGGGCCUAUGCGUGCCGCUCUUCAUCAUCGUGCAGAGGUUCGCCGUCAUCGUGGCGCGGGUGAAGACGUCCGCGCAGCCGCCGGGCGACGGCCACACCGCCUACUGGCUGAUAGUUGCCUCCUCGGUGGCCUACGUUACCACGGUGGCGCUGCUCGUCUGGGUGCCCAUGAAGUACAUGGUGUUCAUGAAGAAGAAGUUUCUGUUGAGGAAGAAAUGGCGUCCUGUGGCCCUGGUGUACGUGGUCCUCUCCACGCUACCCUGUUUCGCUGUCCUCAUCGCAAGCUCAGAGGUCCAGAUAAACAACAACAUCCAGAGCGAUACGUUCACAGAGCUCCCCGUGUCGCUGGUCCUCUUCUCGCUGGUGUGCAUCGACAUCGUGGAGAGGAUACGCUACUGCAGGCUGACGGGACAGGCGACCGACGUGGAGCGGGACGCUGAGAUCCCCUCCAUGGUGCUGACCCACAUAGAGCCCGUGACCCCCGGUGCCGCCGCCGCCCCGCCCGCUCCUGCAGCGGCGCCGGCACCGGCGGCCCCGCCCGCGGCCCCCGCCGACCCCGCGGCCCCCGCGGCGGGAGCAGCGGCGCCCAGCGGGCCGGGGACGGAGGCUAACGGUACCGUGCCUGGGGCCCCCGGUCGCCCCGGGCGACCGUUCAGCGUGUCGGGUCUGAGCUCCAACUCGGCGGGCAGCGGCGGCGUGGGGGUGUACCGCCCGCAGCCGUACGGCUACAACGGCCCGCUGCGCUUCCUGUGCGCCGCCGACGCCCGCGCCGACGUCUUCGCCGACGGCUUCCUGUUCUGGAUGGACACGGUGGAGAUGGUGCGCGUGGCCGGCCUGCCCGCCGUCUACUACUCGGGCUGGGUGUUCCCCAUCUACAUCUUCAGCUUCCUGUCCUGCCUGCGCCUGGUGGUGAUGCCGCGCAGCGUGCUGCUGUCGGCGCUGGGCGUGGCCCUGCAGGACCUCCCCUUCCUGUUUGUGCGCAUCGGCCUCAUCGCCUUCUUCGGCUUCGUCACGCCCGUGCUCUACCUGAUGAAGAACCUGCUGGUGUGCCUCGCCUUCGUCUACUUCAACUUCAUGACCAAGCUGAGGUUCCUCAACACGGAGAGGAUGUACUUCUAGACCCCCGACCCCCCCCCCCCCCCCACCCCCGCCACGCAGUAGUGGAGGACAACAUGGCGGACACGGGCCGGGCGCGGGGGCCACCGCGUGGAGCUCCGUUGAGACGUUAGCAGGGUAGCGAUGGAUUAAAGCAUGGGCAGAACUUUGAUGUCUUCUUUGAGCGAGCCGCCGCCGCCGCCGCGGGGGAAAUAAUAACAGCUGUUGUGACAUUUGAUCACAAGAACUGGAACUGUGUUUCUAAGUGUCACCAAAUUCUUUGUCGUUUUUCGUCAAUGUUAAAAGUAACUUUUUAAAUCACCCAUCCCACCUCAGACCGGUUCUUGAACCACAGCACCUUCAGAAUGUACCUGUGUUUUUUCUAUGACCAUUAAGAGUGUAAAAUAGAUAUCAAUCGAUGUUGUAACCUUGAGCUUUGAGUUAUGAACACAACCACCACAUAGAAAUCAAGUUUGAGUUUGUACUAUUGAUCUACAUAUUUGGAUAAAAUUAAUAAAACAUUUAAAAUGGA